CCGGCCCGGGAGCCGCAGAGAGCGCCGGCCCGGCGGCCCGCGGGGAUGCUGCGCUACAGCUCGGGGCUCACGGUCACCGCCACCACCCCCCGGAGGCCGCCCGGCGACGGCGGCCGCUCCCGGCGGAAGAUGAAUGUGUGCAGAUUACGCCUUACAGUACCACCUGAUGAAGUGUCACAGCCUGAAGUGGGACCAAAGGAAAUUGAGAGAAAGAAAAGUGGAUUGUGCCAUGUACCAAAUGGGAUGUCUCCAGGGAAGCUCUCUCAUGGGAUGGUGUAUGGUGUUGUGCACCGAACUGACAACAACCAUAAAAGAGAAAUGGUGGUUUAUGGCUGGUCAGCUGAUCAGCUGAAAGAGGAGAUGAAUUACAUUAAAGAAGUGAGAGCAACUCUGGAAAAAGUAAGAAAGAAAAUGUAUGGUGAAUAUGAUGAAAUGAAACGAAAAAUACAGCAGCUUACAAAUGAGCUGAAAGUGACAAAUGCUCAUCAGGAAUCCUUAGAGAAUCAUGUGCGAGUGCAGGCUGCAGCCUUAGAUAGCUUUAGCGAAAUGAACAGCUCCUUGACAUCCGCAUCAAUAGACUUGCAGAAAACCCUAGUGGAUGUUACAUUGGAGAACACUGAUAUAAGAGAACAAAUAAGGAAUUUAAAACAUACACAUGAGCAAUCUAUGGAAAAGCUGAGAGAGAAGCAAAAGCAACUGGAAACAGCACAAAUUGAAAAUCAGCUACUGAAGUUAAAGGUGGAAUCAUCACAGGAAGCCAAUGCUGAAGUCAUGAGAGAGAUGACAAGAAAGCUGUAUAGUCAGUAUGAGGAAAAAUUGCGAGAAGAGGAGCACAAACAUAAGGCUGAGAAAGAAAUCCUCCUAGAGGAAACAAAUCGGCUUCUGAAGGCUAUUGAAGAGGCAAAUAAGAAGAUGAAGAUUACAGAAACAAGCAUACAGGAGAAAGACCAGAGAAUUGGUGAGCUGGACCGGCUUAUUGAACGCAUGGAAGAGGAACGUCACCAGCUGCAAAAACAACUUGAAUUAAAUGAAAAACAAAUAUCUGGAGCAAAAUCUGAAAACAGCUCUGACAGUGAAAGGUCACAGCAUUUGGAGGAAGUAGCAGCCAGCCUGAGAGAGCGGAUCAAACAUCUGGAUGACAUGGUCCACUGCCAACAGAAGAAAGUCAAGCACAUGGUUGAGGAGAUUGAAAUGUUAAGGAAGAAAGUAAAAGAAAAGGAAUUAUUUAUAAUACAGCUUUUAGAAAAAAUCUCUUUCUUAGAAUGUGAGAAUAAACAAUUACAAGAUAAACUGGACUACUUAAUGGAAAACCAACCAAAGACCAACAUAGAAACCCGAGAUACUGGUGUAGAAUGUGAUCUUCCAUACAGCAUAAACACUGAGAACAGAGCUCCUGAAAGCCCGAGGCUGGUGAGAACCUACACCCCAUUCAAGAGAGUGCUGGAAUUUAGCACAAAGAACAGUACAUCCUGAGCAUUCAGCACAUCAAGCUUCUAAAUAUGAGCAGAUAUCUUGCACCUUUGCAGCUUGGUUAGGUAAAUUUUUAUCAAUUCAUGGAGAAGAACAGCAGCAUGGAGUCUUGCUAAAUAYAUCCUGAAAGCAGCUCUUCAGUAACUUUGUACCUGAAGUUACUAGUGAUGUUAACUGUGAGGGGAAGGGGAAGAAGCAGGCUGAGUGAAGCAGCAGUCAGGCAAUAUUGCUUCUUUAGAAGCUGUCUAGUGCAAUGUGYCAUUUCAAAUGCCUGUAAGAAGGAGUUGUAUAGCUGUACAGCUGGUUUUUUUUUUCUUGUAUUGUGUUUUAAUUCUGUUUGUGUAAUGAAGCUGUAAUAUAUCCUAUUGUCAAUACUACUGGUAGCAGUAUCUGAAGCCAUGCUGGCAGAGGGAAUUAAUGUGGAAGCUCCAAAUUUGUCCAAACUGAGGGUGGAUCCCACCUGUCACAGACGUGGUGCAGUCAGGGGCUCUCCUCACCAGUGAGAGCUCUCUUGUACCCAGCACUAGCUGGGAGGAGAGAUGAACUGGGCUGUUUCCCUCAACACAUGCAGGUGAAUAUUGUGUUUGCUGCUCAAAAUAGUAAGGGAUAGAGCAGAUUAUAAUGGAAUUUACUUUGUUGGACUGAGGCACUGGUUUGCACUUCCUCAGUCAUGAGAAAGAGGGUGAUACAGUCAGUAGUAAUUGUGUAGGAAAAUCCCUGACACUUUAUUUAUUUACUUUUCCAUUCAAGGAAGGAGUUUUCAUCAAAGAAAAUUUUGCCUACUGCAAACUGCAGCAGUCCUUGCAAUUCCAACAGCAACAGCGGCCCUGAAUCAGAAUUUGGAGUUUUGAGUACUAUUUUUUUUUGUCCAAAGCACUUAAAAUCUUAUCUUUGGCUUCAAAGUAGCAGCAGGAAUUGCUGUAUCUAAUACUGAACUAAUUUAAAUAUAUAUAUUUAUAUCUUGUUUUGAUCUUCCACUCUUAGCAAACUUAAAAUGAGUAAGGAAUGUUUUAUUGUAAUUCCAUUAACAUAAGUGAAGGACCUUUUUUUAAAUUACAGUAACUGCAACAGAAAACAAACAAGUUAGGUUCUGUAUGAUCAGUAUUGUUCUUGCAUGCAGUGUCAAUCCCUUGGGUGCUCACCUUGCCACAGAGCUUCCCAAAGGGAUUGYUUUUAUCUCCAGGCUAAUGCAAUUCAGUCCUGACUAUUCAAAUCAAGCACACAUCCUAAAGUUGUAUUUAAAAUAAUAAUAUUGACCUCAUAUUGAACCCACAAGAAGAUGAGURAUGACUCAACUCCUAUUUCAGGGAUAAGCUUUGGACGUGUGAAACCUUAUCUCCAUCUAGUGGCUGAUAAUAGGAAAUAUUUGGRCAGUAUCUGUUUUUGAAGAGAUAGACGCUAAAAUCUAAUCCCAACAUGUAUAUUAAUACCCAUUAGGGAUGCAGCUUUAGGUAUUACAGAAGGUCUUUUAGAAUUUUUGUGCCCACAUAGUCCCUCUGUAAUUCAGGAKUUGAAUUCUGAAAUAUGGUUUGUGAAAAUUACCUUUACAUUUAAAAUGAAUGGCUGUAGAUGGUAUUUUUAGAUAAAAAGAAAUGAAUGUUGUUGUAAAAGACAUUAAUUGACWAGUUUGAAUGAGUGAAAGUCCUUUAUCCUUCUGAUUUUGGCCGGAAUUCAGAAAACAGACCCUGAUGACUGUGAGGCACUCAAUGAAUGGUAGGAGUGGGCAGACUCAAAGGAAGUUCAUUCUACUUUUAAUAUACUCCUGAAAAUACUGUAAGAUGUUUUAACUGAGACUUGCAAAAUUACAAUAAUCUGCUCAAGACUUUACCAAGAAUGCAGCAAGGCCUUAAGUUUUUACUGUAGAGGGUUUCUGUGUAUAUUCUGUCUUGACUGAUGAAAUAUGGUCUUUUUUUCUAAACCAAAUCAGGACUGAAGUCUGAGCUGCAUUUUAAGAGCAUUCUGACAUGCAGUGAGCUGGAUGACCAUCAUUUGAUUGGACUACUGAUCUAAAUUGGGUAACUCUGAAGAACAGGAGAGGAACUGUAUUUAUAUAAUUGUGUUACAUGAAAAUGUAGAACUUUCCAGUCAAGUAAGCAGUAAUGUAAAUUAAUGUAGAUAAUAACAAAUCUGACUGAAAAGAAUGUAACACUUCUAUAUAAAUGUUCACAAUUUGAAGACUGAGUUAAUUAGUACUAUAAACUAGUAAAAUUUCUGUAAACAGCAAUAAAAGCCAUGUAGAACAGCUCCAGAAAGUACACUAAAUGUAAGUCAAUUGUAUGACUACAUUUGUACCAUGAUAAGUAUUCUUUUGUGAUUUAUUCCAGGUACUCUGGAAAGUAUUUUGGGAUACACUUUUCAUAUAUGCUGUAUAAAUAAUGUAUUACAUUGUAUGCUUUUAAUACAUCCGRUAUGUAGGACAUGAAAAUGAUAAAUUGCAAUAAAUACUAUAUUUCAACUUGUUGUUCUGUUAGCAUAAUUUWGAAAUAAACCUCCCUUAAAAUAUUGCAAACCCUUACUCUUUACAACCCUGUUCAUUCAAUACAUGUGGGAAUGGAAAGCGGCUCCUGCGGAGCCUCGAUGCUCUCAUCGGUGUUUCCUUUGGCAGACGGGCUCUUGAGAACAGGAAGGCACUCCCUUGCUAAAGACUUUCUCAAAGCCAAGUAACAGAAGUAGAUGAACUCUUUCAUGAGAUAAAAAACUAUUGACUUGCGCAGGAUAAACAAGAACGGGCCAGCACAGCUCUUGCAAGAGAUUCAGAUCCUCCAGAUAACAUCUGAAUCCAUCUGGRAUGAUGCUCUCCAGACUUCAGCAGGAUGAGACUGGGAUGGCUGUGGCCCAUCUUUAUUUACAGUUUAUAUCCACUCACUGAUAAUAGAGAUUUAUUUCCAAGACUAUAACAAUAAAGCAAUUGACAUGUCAACUAAAGAAAAAAAGGUCCUGCAAAUAUGACAAUCAUGGUGUUAUAGGUUUGCAAUGCUCAGAGGAAGAAUGUAAAGUUUUUUACUCUGAUAAUGCUUCCAUAUAUAUGUGUAUGCAGUUCAGAUUGCCAAGAAGCCCUGAUAAAAUCUUGUUGAGUUYGGCAGUGCUUGGCGCUGAGCCUUAAACAUGGCAUUGUGGGAGAUGGAUACUGACCCGUUUUAAAGAGCCUGAAAUAUUUGACAUCUGAAAACUUCUAGACCUGGACAGAUGAGAAGUAAGUUCUCUGUGCAGCAAGUCUGUAAUUCUGCAYGAGAAAUCCCUGCUCCACAGAAUGGGAGAUUGUUGUAAAUUGAAGUUUUUCCUUUUGUUUCCUUUCUUGGGGAAUUUUCUUUCCCAUUUUGUUGCUAGAAUACACUGAUUGCCAACUCAUUCUUUUGAUGGCUGAACGAUUGGAGAAGACAAAAGAACCUACGCCCCACCCAAAAAGUCUCCUGAACACUCCUCCUGCCUGGCAUUUUUUUUUCCCUCUCUUUGGAGAGAG